GUCUGGUGAUGGUGAAAUACUCCUUUUUAAAUGUCCAAUCUUUGUAAAUCAUAUUAUGACUGUCCUUGUUACUUAACUCAAGUUGAGCCAUCAUAACAACAUUAUAACCUGUUAAAUACAUUCUUAUUUUUAUCUAUGAAAGUUAGCAACCUAAAAUGAACUUGGAAACCCCAUUACUAUUUUUGAAUGGUGUUCUUUUCAUUAAGAUAAAACUUUUAUGUAAAUUUAAGAGGCUCUAAAUCCCAGUUGUUUAAAAAUGUGCGAAAAGUUUCUUUUGUUUAAUGAUUUUGGAAUUGUUAAAUAAAGAAAAUGGGGGGGGGGGGCCUACUUAGCUGGUUUUCGAAAUGGCUAACACUACGAGCAUAUGUAAUGUUCAGCAAAGUUUGUUUAAUACCUUCUUUUCAUCACCUCAUGUAGGAUGAUAGCUAUGAUACAUCGAAGACCAAGCAUUGUACACAGUUGCAAGUGCUACCGUUUGACCCUCAGAUACCUGAUCGAAUUGCAAUGUAUUUGUCAGUGUUUGCCUUUUUGGGGGGAAGACGAAGACUGCACCAUCUACCAUAUCACCCUUUAGACACUGACUACAAGCAAAUGGCGACAAGCUAGCACACAUGGUGCAAGGCUGGUGGGGGGCGAUUCUGAUUCCCACCUUUGAAGCAUCGCUUUCCCUUAUUGUUGCUGAUGAGCCGUUCAUCGCAACGGUACACAGAACUCACAGAUUCUUUUUCGUUUUCAUGUUUAUUCUCCGUACAAUAAGUCACUAAGAAGACUUAUGAAUUAGAAUAAAUUCUAGAAAACUCUCUCCCUGAAAACUCUCAAUUUUUGUCGUGUCCGGUUGUCUGAUUUUGCUCACACGUGUUUUUUACCUUAUUUGGUAGUAUUCGCAAGUGUCACAAACGAAGAGGGGUGGGGUCCGUCAAAACUCUUGAAUACUGUCAAGGAGAACAAAUAAUACAUUGUCUUCAGGAGGUUACUUAGGGUACCAGUUGCUCUCUCUAUGUAUAUCCAAACUGGACUGAUAACUACAGGAUACCACUGGCCAUUUUUUUUUAUCUUGUUCUAAUUGUUAAGGUGAUAUACUCCUUUUGCAGGUCACUGAAAUAAAAGAUUUCUUCCAAUCCACAAAUGUUGAGAAAAUGGGUGAGAUUGAGGUGACGACGAUAGACGCUUUUCAGGUAUGGAAAGUUCCUCUCAUGUCUUUUAUCAAUGUGAAAUAGAACAAUGGUUAACUUCUUUAAAAACAUUUAUCAUUUUCAGUUGAAAAUCCUUUCCUUAGUGUGGUCCCGAGACAUUUAAACUUUAAACUCCGUGGUAAUAAAUUGAUAUGACUAAAAUCUUAUGGCAUCAUUGAAGAAAGUGUAACGAGUUAACUAGUGUAAGCAAUUCGGCAAACAAUUAAAGGAUAUAAUGUGAUUCGAAUCCGUCACCCUCGCGAUCCCGGAGAGAUUCUGUACCAAAUGCGGUGCUUUGAAGUGAAAGGAACGGAAAAUUUUAAAAAAAGAACUAUCUACGACGUUUGAGAAUGAGGUUCUUAUCAUACCUAAUCAUUUUCUUCUACAGGGGCAGGAAAAUGACAUCAUUCUCGUUUCUCUGGUCCGCAGUAACAAUGAGAACAAGAUUGGUUUUUUUGUCACAAAAGAAUCGUAUUUGUGUGGCAAUUUCACGAGCACGUUGUGGCUUGUAUCUCUUUGGUAAUCAAGCUCAAUUGGAGUAUAGGUCACCAGUCUGGAGGGUGUGUUGAGUUAUUCUUAAUCUCGCAACAGAUAGUUGGGUGGUCUGUGACUUACGGUCACUGUUGUGGACUUCUGAUAAACCAAUCAGGUUUUUAGUCCCAUUACCAAGUUCUAGGGCAGGAAAUCUCUUUAUUACUGUUCAUACUCCACCUAAGAAUGUUAUUACCAAGGCAGCAUGAUGUAAUGCACUUUGUUUUUUGUUUUGUUUUUUGUUUAUGUGGCGGUUUUGUUGAGGGUAGUUCGUGAUAGAUGAGCGUUCCACCAAGAUGCUCAGAAAAACUUGGAAUCAGCUAUAUUUGUUAUCCUAUGACAAAUGUGUUUGAGUUUCUUGACCUUUAGCUGGUUAGAAAUGGAUGAUAUUCCUCCUAAAAAAACUUAUUAUUAGUGUUAUGUUUUGGCUUUUGUUUGGUAUGUAAACACAACUUCAGAACAAAGAGAAUAGUUAAACUUAACAAGAAGGAAAAAUGAUGAGGUAUUCCUUUCUUUGCCAGGCUAUCGUCAAGUUCAUGAAAGAGAAGGAUUGUCUCGUUAAAGAAAUUCCAUUUGUAACUGUAAGUAACACGCGAAGUGUUAACUGUAAUAUAAGCACUUGUUAUGCUGUCGUUCAAUUUCUUCCGAAUUUGAGUUAUGAACGUAACACGAGAUACAGGGUUUCCUACGUUUAGUGAGUAACCUCCGCCCCCCGAGUAAGCGCCUCACUCCAAUGAGCACGACAUUUGGGACUAAAUAAUCGCUGCGGCCGUGGCACGGCGCUUAUUCGAGGAAUUGAUUCUCAAGCUCCAAUGCUACAUACACAGUUGGAUAUCCUGAGGCAACUAGAUGCAAAUUCCUUCGAGUGCAAUCAAUCCAAAUUCUGAACUUCACCCUAAAUUCGUAACCUUGGUUUGUUUUACUUUCAUGCCUGCCCUAAAUAUUUGGGUGAUUUCAGUACGUAGUAAAAACUUUUAAACCAAACUCAAGAAAUCCAAGGAUAUGAUUGAUACAGAGACACAACCUUUCAAAUUUCUUUCGUUUCAACUUUUACAUGUAGGCUUCUGGUAGCCGUUCUGAGGGUGAACCCGAGAGCAGUUCUUCUUUAGAUGGAAAAAGACAUGGAGUUAGUAAGUACAGGAUAUUUAUUGUCUUGUUUACGGUUAUCUAUGAAACUCAUCGUAAUGAGCGUGGAACAAAGAUUAAAACUGUUCUUGUUCUUUGUUUGAAAAUCCAUAUCUUCGUAUCCAGAUUUGGAACGUAGUGUACCCUGGUGAUUCUUAUGAUGCAUACGUGUGAACUUUAAUAUGAGUCUGGACUGUUAACAGAAAAAAAAGCGCCGAAUACAUGUGAAAUCUGGUGGCAAUACUGCAUUCUAAAGCGUCUUUUUUGUAUUUUUGUGAUCUUUAGCAAACAUAACGUUGAAUGCGCAGACCAUCAAUGCAGUUAUUGGAGAAAAAGGGACGUUGCAGUUUACAACUGGUGAGGUUUUUUGAAGGUGUUUUUGUAUUUACCUAUCCUUUUUUACCGCAAUAUUUUGCUGUAGGAGGAAAUUCUUGCCCUACAGCUGAAAGUUAUUGUUUCUUGUGAUUUUUUCUAUUUUCAUUUUUGUUAUUUUACUUUUUGAGACCUUCUUCAAGAUCGUGGCUAGUUACCUUUCAUUAUUUAAGUUAAUCAACAGUCUAACAGUCGAAGUGAGCGGCAUCUUAAUUACUAUUGCGGGUGAAGAAAAAACGUCUCCUAAGUAUCCUAUGAAACUGGCAGUGUUGACUCCCUUGAGUGCCAGAAGGAAAUUAAUGUACUGUGGCUAUAUACCAACUUAUUUCUAGGUUCGCGUGCGAUAUUUGAGUAUAACUGCCGCUAUCUCGGAUUGCACAAUUUUAGAGCAAUAAGAAUAAGUCACCUUACUCUACUGUACGAUUAAUAGGAAGGUGUGAACUUCAGUUUUAUAGCUGUAAACUAAGAAACGGCAAGAGUCAUGGCAAUUUUUAUUCUCCUAGACAAGUCUACGUCGGGAGAGAUGAUAACUCAUCAUUUUCCAAUACCUGCAUCUGGUGAGAGAAAUGUUCAGAGUCUGUCGUCCGCUGGGACGCCCUUACAAGAAACAGAGAAAUCGAAGGUCGAGACUGAAGAGCAGAGUAAAGAGGCAGGCAAAUUCCCUAUUCAGGAGGAAGGUUUUGAAGAAUUUAAAAAGGAAAAGCCAGUGCAAGAGACGCAAAUAUCAAGAGAAGCGCAAAAAGUGAAGGACGAGGACAUAAGAAAAGCGGGCGAAGACGAGAGAUUCCAACAAGAAUUUGGUAAAGGAGAGCCACUUCAAGCCGAAAACGACCGUUCCACCGAAGCAAGUGAAAGUUACAAAGAAGAGGCGUCACCCAUACAGGAGACGAUGGCCGCGGGUAAAGGGCCUUUUGAAGAGACUGGGCUUGAAGUUGGCGUGAAGAUACAGCAUUCGGACGAGAAGGAAUAGUAACUACUACCUGAUCUUAAUGCUCACCGGCAAAAAGAAAAUUAAUAGGAAUAUUUAUAGAAUAUAGCGUGUUCAUGGGAAGAUAUGCGUUUAACUUUGUAACUCGCCGUUAAUCCUGUGUAAAUAACCAAGGCCUCCAGCUGUCUUCGUCGAUCAUAAUUUUUAACUUUUGAAAAUUUUAUCUAUGCACAACAUUUUGUGUGCCUAAGGUUUUAAGGGAUGCUAUUCUAAUUUGUAGAUUUUGCUAUAAUGAUGUUAUAAUCAAUGGCACUUUGUUAAGGAAAGCAAAGUCUGUACCUUGCCAGAGCUUAUUCUGGUUUCCUUAGCGUGAGGCGAGUAGGAGUACUACCCCUCCCCCCUGGAUUGGGGUGCUGGUUCUUCAGGGUGGAGAGAGGCACUGUGAUAGUAAAGUAUUUUGAUCAAGAACCGAACAAGAUGACCCGGCUAGCUCUCGAACCCAGACUCCAGCGCAUUAAUCAUUGGGCCACAGCGUGUUCCACUUAGUACCUUGUAGGUGGUUAAUUUUAGCGCUUACCAGUCAUUUACUUAAAUUAUCUUACCUACUAAUCUGAGGCAAGCACAAACUAGUGCUAGUUUUAAAUCCGGCUGCAGGGGUUUCCUUUUUGAUAAUAAAUAAGUUAAUUAAUCACACAACAUUCAUGGAAAGCAGGCACUUCGCUAUUGUUUUUAUUUUGUUGUUAUUAGAUUUAAUUAAACAAUGUAAUUAAUGCAAUUUUAGUAAUUACUUGAAGUCCUGAUGUUUUAUCUGUGUAUAAAUGAAGUUAAAUAAAUAAAUAACUCUCAGGUACUAGGCACGCUAUCACUGGCCGAUUUCACCGGAUAUGGGAGCCUUCAAGUGCUUACCGUUCUUAGCCAAGUGUAACGAGAGAAUUUUCAGUUUUUAAGGUUACUAUGCUUAAUGCUAUAGAAACAACAUUGAGACUGCGGAACUUUUGCGAAGCUCAGCAAAGCGUAAAUGCUGUCAGUUGUUGUUCAGCCAGCCUUGAACAGUUGUUGUUUGACAUUAUCAGUAGUUAGUGUUUAACUGUAGCCGUUACCUGUCCUAGUUUUUUCUUUAGUUGUUUGCGGUGCUUUGAGAUUGAUUAAUCUUGUGAAAGGCAAAAUUCCUUUCUAGCCAAUCAUUUUUAUUGUAAUGUAUAGGGUGGUUCAAAGCGUGACUUAAUCCUUUAGAUAAUUCAUGGCAUUACCUAAUCCUUUGUAGUUUGGGCUUGGAUAGAACUGUGUCGUAAAGGUUUCUUUGGUUUCAACAAGCGUUGUGCCUGGUCACAACGAGUGUAGCACUUGGUCAAGGCUAGGUCAGUAUUUGAUGAGGAUUUGGUGUAUCUUGACGAACCAGGACCGCAAUUUAAAGCGCGUGUUUGAGACAAAUUUAUUGUGAAAGUCUUUUGUCCUAAGGAGUCUCAACCUUCGCGCUGUCAGCGAGUGUUCCCCCAUGAACUUGUUUGAGUUUUUCCCACCCGUACUGUUUUUUGUGAAGCAAGACACAUGUUUUGAAGGCAAGAAACCUGUUUUCACACAAGAGAGAGAAGGGAAGAGAGAGGGAGAGUAAGAGAGGAAAACUUCUAAUUUGUCUGAAAUAAACGCACA